CGAGCCCAGUCGCCGGCCCCGCGCUCCCGGCUCGCUCCCGCAGACCCCGCGCCGGCGGCGGCCGCCGGCAGCUCCGCGAGAUUCCCGCUGGGUGGCUGUGGCCCGCGCCCCGCGGCAUGAGCAGGUGACCAAGCGCGGGGCCCAGCGGGAGGCAGCCGUGGCCGAGGAGAGUGAGGAGGAGGCUGUGUGUGUCAUUAUGUGUGCGUCAGUCAAGUACAACAUCCGGGGUCCUGCCCUCAUCCCGAGAAUGAAGACCAAGCACCGCAUCUACUACAUCACCCUCUUCUCCAUUGUGCUGCUGGGCCUCAUCGCCACGGGCAUGUUUCAGUUCUGGCCGCACUCCAUCGAGUCGUCGAGCGACUGGAGCGUGGAGAAGCGCAGCGUCCGCGACGUGCCGGUGGUGCGGCUGCCGGCCGACAGCCCCCUCCCCGAGCGCGGGGACCUCAGCUGCAGAAUGCACACGUGUUUCGACGUCUACCGCUGCGGCUUCAACCCGAAGAACAAGAUCAAGGUGUACAUCUACUCUCUGAAAAAGUACGUGGACGACGUUGGAGUCCCAGUCAGCAGCACCAUCUCCCGGGAGUACAACGAGCUGCUCACGGCCAUCUCAGACAGCGACUACUACACCGACGACAUCACCCGCGCCUGCCUCUUCGUCCCGUCCAUAGACGUGCUCAACCAGAACACGCUCCGCAUUAAGGAGACGGCGCAGGCGCUGGCCCAGCUCUCCAGGUGGGAUCGAGGUACAAAUCAUCUGCUGUUCAACAUGUUGCCAGGAGGCCCCCCAGAUUACAACACGGCUCUGGAUGUCCCCAGAGACAGGGCUCUGUUGGCUGGAGGUGGAUUUUCUACUUGGACUUACCGGCAAGGCUACGAUGUCAGCAUUCCUGUCUACAGUCCACUGUCCGCUGAGGUGGACCUUCCAGAGAAAGGACCAGGGCCGCGCCAGUACUUCCUCCUGUCAUCACAGACGGCUCUCCAUCCUGAGUACAGAGAGGACCUGGAAGCGCUCCAGGCCAAGCACGGAGAGUCAGUGUUGGUCCUGGACAAGUGCACCAACCUCUCCGAGGGUGGCCUGGCCGUGCGAAAGCGCUGCCACAAGCACCAGGUCUUCGACUACCCCCAGGUGCUGCAGGAGGCUACUUUCUGUGUGGUCCUUCGCGGAGCUCGGCUGGGCCAGGCGGUGCUGAGUGACGUGUUACGGGCCGGCUGUGUCCCAGUUAUCAUUGCUGACUCCUAUGUUUUGCCUUUCUCUGAAGUUCUUGACUGGAAGAGAGCAUCUGUGGUUGUGCCAGAAGAAAAGAUGUCAGAUGUGUACAGUAUCCUACAGAGCAUCCCCCAAAGGCAGAUUGAAGAAAUGCAGAGACAGGCACGGUGGUUCUGGGAAGCGUACUUCCAUUCAAUCAAAGCCAUUGCCCUGGCCACCUUGCAGAUCAUCAAUGACCGGAUCUAUCCGUAUGCUGCCAUCUCCUAUGAAGAAUGGAACGACCCCCCUGCCGUGAAGUGGGGCAGUGUGAGCAACCCACUCUUCCUCCCACUGAUCCCCCCACAGUCGCAAGGUUUCACAGCCAUCGUCCUCACCUACGACCGAGUGGAGAGUCUCUUCCGGGUCAUCACUGAAGUGUCCAAGGUGCCUAGUCUAUCCAAGCUGCUAGUCGUCUGGAAUAAUCAGAAUAAAAACCCUCCAGAAGAUUCUCUCUGGCCCAAAAUCCGAGUUCCGCUGAAAGUUGUGAGAACGGCUGAAAACAAGCUGAGUAACCGUUUCUUCCCGUAUGAUGAAAUCCAGACAGAGGCCGUCCUGGCCAUUGACGACGACAUCAUCAUGCUGACGUCUGAUGAGCUGCAGUUCGGCUACGAGGUCUGGCGGGAAUUUCCUGAUCGGUUGGUGGGUUACCCGGGUCGCCUGCAUCUCUGGGACCAUGAGAUGAAUAAGUGGAAGUAUGAGUCUGAGUGGACCAAUGAGGUGUCCAUGGUGCUCACGGGGGCUGCUUUUUAUCACAAGUAUUUUAAUUACCUGUAUACCUACAAGAUGCCUGGGGACAUCAAGAACUGGGUGGAUGCUCAUAUGAAUUGUGAAGACAUUGCCAUGAAUUUCCUGGUGGCUAAUGUCACGGGGAAAGCUGUCAUCAAGGUAACACCACGGAAGAAAUUCAAGUGUCCCGAGUGCACGGCCAUUGAUGGGCUUUCACUAGACCAGACGCACAUGGUGGAGAGGUCCGAGUGCAUCAACAAGUUUGCUUCAGUCUUCGGGACAAUGCCUCUGAAGGUGGUGGAGCACCGCGCUGACCCCGUCCUGUACAAGGACGACUUUCCUGAGAAACUGAAGAGCUUCCCCAACAUCGGCAGCUUAUGAAACAUGCCCCUGUUGGAGGGCUAAAUGCCAAUCCUGGACAGAGGAAGAGAGUGCAGGCCCCCUCUCUGACACCCGGAUUUUAGAGUGGGAGAUUGGCAUAGCCCCACCAGGCCUGCUUUCCUAAGAGCAGGAGCCUGGAGAGAGCAUCUGAGCACCUCGAGCCGUGCAUCCUCUGUGCUAGAGUUUCUGAUGCUCUCAUCAGGUUCUCUCUGAAAACGCCAGAUGGAAGCCUUGUGGCCGGCUCCAGGGUGAGGCCAGCCCAGGCGUCCUUUGUUUGCAGGUGCACUGUAACAGUCUGAAAGGAGACUUCGCAGGCUGUAAGACCGCCGAGAAGAGAAACCUCCCAGCCCAUUUUAGAUUUUGGGAAUCAUGUAAGAGUUACCUGUUUCUUACUUUUCCUUAUUUAAAUCAGUAAAUUCUUUGGAGGAAAAGCCAAGCCCAGAAUUUGGUCCAAAAUCCAAACACCUUAGCAGCAUUUGAUACGCACCUUGGGACCUGGGGCUCUGGCCUCACGCAGAGGAAGAGCCCCAGCUGCUAAGUUGGGAUCCUAUCAGUUCCACGAACUAUUCCUUAUUGGUUUGGCUUUUUGAUAUGAUUAAAACUAUUUUUUAUUCCA